AUGCAAUUGGCUCAGGCUGGUUCUUAUGUAGGACUCGAUGCUAUUGAAGAGUAUGCUCGAUUCUUCGACGUUGAUUCCAUGCCCCACUGGGAGGUCGGGUUGACUUUGGACACGACCAUUUCCCUCAAGGACAGCGACGACGAUGCGCAAGAAGGAGAAUGCACCUUCCUUGUUGUAUCCAGCAUCUCAUUUGCAACCAACGAUAUAUCCGCCAAUCAAUUUGUCCAUGGAGGGAGCGCACUGUUCAAAAUCUACCUCCGACCGGUUGGUCUAACCGGCAUUCGCAUUCGACGAGCCAAUGUAUACUUCUCUGAAGAAUACAUGACUUUUAUUUUUGGAGAGAGUUUGAAUGGACACAAAACCAGUGAGUGGACCUGUACCACAAUCGAAUCCACAUGUCCAGAAACGUUUGCAUUGAAUCGAUUCACUUCCGUUAGCGACUGUGUCGAUCAAAUGCAACGCAUCGAAAACGUAGGUGCAAACGCAAAUCUUAGUGGCAACUCACGAGGUUGUAAGAAUCUCCAUGCUACAUUUGUGGGUUUCAAUCCCGCGGCCCAUUGUGCCCAUACAUCGAUCGUGCCGCAAGUGGACAGCAACGGGCAGGUCAAAUGUCAAGAGCCAGGAGCAUAUGUAGAUCCCCUAACCCUCUUUGUCAAAGACGAUAUCGAGUUCUUUGAAAACAGAGUGGUAGAGUUGGGGUUGGGAAAGGAUGGCUAUAAAGUUUGCAACUGCGAGAAUCCUGAAGAUUACUCCCCUUUUAUCGAUGGAUCAUUCUGGCGGUUGUUUAGUGUCUUGGGACAAAUCAAUCCACUACCACCCAUAUGGCCCCUUGGGGAGAUGCCUGCCUGUGCGGCAUGUGCUGGGAUUAACUUCUGA